GACAGAAGUGUUGGGCUGGAGUUGGAUGCUCCGCUUUAAAGAAAAGAAAUUGAUCUUGGAUGUUGCUGCUGUGGGAACUUUGGGAUUGAUUCUUUUUGCACUGUUUCUCUAAUCGGCUUUUCAAGGAUUUAAAGAUGUGGAAAUGAGCUAAUCACAUUUCUUUCUCUAUUGUUUUUUUGCACUUUUUUUUUUUUGGUCUGGUACCAAUGAGUCGAGAUUUGUGAGAGGGCAGCAGACAGCCCUGUGUGCUGGAUGUCUGUGACAGAUCCAUGGGUCAGAAGGACCAUGUGGAGGCAGGUGCAGGCCAUAUCCUCGACCUGGGGCUGGAUUUGGAGUAUCUGUACGUAGCGGGGGCUGACCGGCAGGCUGGCGGCGCUGACGGGCCCCCUGCUAUGGAGGAGCAGGGGGAGAGCACCGCUAGCUCCCCUCCGCUGGCUGUCCUGGAGGAGAAUGGUGGGUCUGAUGCAGAGUGCGAAUCUGCGCUGACCUCUAGCUCCACCCUCGCUCCAGGUACCGACUCAGAUGGAGGAGACGGAAGUUCGACUCACAGUAAGAACACCCACCAGCCGCUCUGCCGGACCCAGUGUGUGGACUUAGGCACUGAAGGGCCUCCCGAACCCCCAUCUGAACUUUUAGCAGAGCUUGAACGUGAUGCCCAUGCCCAGUCCAUACUCAGCUCCCCGUGUGAGCAGCCGCCCGAACCUCCACCCAGUCUGCCUGCUUCAGAGCCAGCAUGUAAGGCUAGUGGGAAAGAGUACCAGACUAAAUUGGAGUUUGCCCUGAAGCUGGGCUACUCCGAGGAGACGGUGCGACUGGUGCUGUCCAAACUCGGCCCUGACACCCUCAUCAAUGACAUACUGGGAGAGCUGGUCAAGCUGGGCACCAAGUCAGACAGCGAGCAGCCGGCUGGAUUAUUAGCUUCUACCUCAUCUUCAUCAUCUUCCUCAUCCUCCUGUGGUUGUUCUGAUUUGCUGGAAGCCCAGCGGUCAGACUCACCCUGUCCUUCAGACUCUUUAGGUGACCAAGACAACCUGCGACCAAUCGUGAUAGACGGCAGCAAUGUAGCCAUGAGCCAUGGCAACAAGGAAGUGUUUUCCUGUCAGGGCAUCCAGCUGGCUGUAGACUGGUUCCUCGAGCGGGGCCAUCAAGACAUCACAGUUUUUGUGCCUGCGUGGAGGAAAGAGCAGUCCCGACCCGAUGCUCCUAUAACAGAUCAGGAGAUCUUACGCCGCCUAGAGAAGGAAAAAAUCCUGGUCUUCACACCUUCACGGCGCGUCCAAGGUCGGCGCGUGGUCUGCUAUGACGACCGCUUCAUUGUCAAGCUGGCUUAUGAGUCAGACGGCAUAAUUGUCUCCAACGACAACUAUAGAGACCUGGCUAACGAGAAGCCUGAGUGGAAGAAGUUCAUAGACGAACGGCUUCUCAUGUAUUCCUUCGUCAAUGAUAAAUUCAUGCCGCCAGAUGACCCUCUUGGUCGUCAUGGCCCCAGCUUAGACAACUUUCUGAGGAAAAGGCCCAUCAUGCCUGAGCAGAAGAAACAGCCUUGUCCAUACGGAAAGAAGUGCACUUAUGGCCACAAGUGUAAGUACUACCACCCAGAAAGAGGCGCUCAGCCUCAGCGUGCUGUGGCCGAUGAGCUGCGUGCCAGCGCCAAGACCUGCGUCACCUCAAAGAACCAGGGGGAUGCUGGGCUGGUGAAGAGCCACAGCGUGCCAGCUGGCACCAUUGAUGCCAAGAAAGGCGCCCCAAAAAGGCAGUCAGACCCCAGCAUCCGAGCUCUGUCAUACAGUGAUGCUGAGGAGAAGCUGCUGGCAAAAGGGAGGAUGGAGGGCCAGAAGAACAGCAUGUGUGGUAGCAGCAGCAGUAGCAGUUCUAGCAGCGGUAGUUGCAGUGGGAGUGUGACCAUGUCCCCGGCCCCAGGAGGCCCCCCAUCCAGUCUUAGCCUCCCGCAGGACCAGCAGUCGAGAGCAGUGAUGGCUCAUGGUCACUUACCAGCCCCCAGCCAUGACCUUUACCCUCACUGUGAGUCUCCAGACCUAAGUUACUAUUCGGUAACACGCGCUUACUCGGGCCUGAGCCUCUCAUCCAGACGGAGCCCAGACUGUCGUUUCCCCAAUGACUCGGACCUACGGCUGGGCUCGAUGGGCUCAGCCGGCUCUGAAUGCAGCAGCGAAAGCAGCGUCAGUUGCGGCAGCAGCUGCGACUCGUACAGCGAGAGGUCAUGCCCCGGAUGCCCCCCGGACCCCUUACUGGAAGACGCCGUUCAUUUUUCUAAUCCCCACAACCGACUGUACUCCCAUCAUGCCUCAUCUAGCCAUGAACUUUGUGGCCUCCAUCCUGCCGAAUACGCAAAUAUUCAGCACAGCCACACAUCCAGUACAGGAGUACACCCCUAUCACCUGAGUGCGACACGUGGGCAGAGCUGUGCUCAUGAUCCACCUCCAUUAGAGGCUCCCCCAAAGCGCCCCCUCUACCCUCUGCCCCCUCAUCUCCAGCACCAACCACUGACUGCACGCUCCAGCUGUCCAGGUGACUACCACUCUCUGCCCCAGACCAACCCUGCACCCCCUGGCUCUCCCCUUGGUCGCUGUCUGGCCCCAACACGAGCAGAAAGUGUGUCUGACUCACAUCUGUAUGAACAUCUCUCUACAUCACACCAUCACCACCGACCAAAAGCCUUGCCUAGCUGGGACAAGUACUACAGGCAGCCACUGCUGCCGCCAUCCAGAUAUGAGCCACUCACCUAUCAGAGCCUGCCAGACACACGCCAGUCAUCCUGGCACACUCCUCCAUGGGCACAAGAUGGCUAUGCCCAGCAUCACUCAUCUCACCCAGCUCUCCACCCGUCCCCAACGCAUUACCUCAGCCACCAACCGCCCCCGGCCCACUCUCCUUGCCCGCCUCAUCCAUCCAGCACUCCUCUUCCGCCUUACCCACCUCACAGCUCUCACCUCACGGUGCCCUCCCAUGCCCCUCCCUCCUACAUGUCGCAGCACCCAGAAUCCCCUGCACACAGCCGCUAUGGGGAUGCGAGGGAGAAAGUGUACAUAAACCUGUGCAACAUCUUCCCCUCAGAGUUGGUGAGCCGGGUGAUGGCCAGAAGCCCCCACAUCACAGACCCCCAGCAGCUGGCAGCUGCCAUCCUCGCAGAAAAAGCCCAAACAGGCUACUGAGGAUUGAAGGAAAACACAAGCUAAGGAACUGGUUUGCAUCAGCAGCAGUGGUGGGAUUAUACUUUUGGAUUGUCUGUGAAGAGACCUGUUUCUUUUCUUGGAAUAUUAAUCAGACAAUGCAGAAGUCUCAAGGACAUAAAAAAGCUGAAGAUAAUCCAAAUCCAGCUGUGGUCACUGUGCAGCAACAACUUUAACAGGUGUGGAGAGAGCGAGACGUGGGACGAAGUCUGCGAUUCAAGCUGCGUCAAAUGGAGAUUUGCUCUAGACCUGCCCAGUUGUUUUUAUUUAUACUGUAGCUUUGCAUACAGGACCAGUUAUGCAUCACAUUUAUAAUAGGGCACCUUUUUGAGUUGGACACCUCUAGUUACACACAGCAUUGAGUUGGUUUCACAUCCAUCAAAAAUGUGACUGAAAUUAAGAAUUAUUUAUACGCACACACAUAUUAUGUGUAUCACACACUGAGUCAAACAGGGUUUGAAAAUAUGUUUUUCUUGCAUGUGUGGAGCACCACGUGGAAUGGAUCUUCUCCUGUGUCCUCAUCAGGCAUUCCGGUUAUCACAUGAUGGCUUCAAACUCCUAUUUGACCAAGGUCUAUUCUAUGAAUUUCCGUGUGUGUGUGUGUCUGUGGAUUUUUUUCCAUGUUGGUAAACAUAGGUGUUGGAGAGAUGGUCAUCUUAUUUGAGAUGACGUCAGUUUUUUGGUCAGAGUUGUAGCUGCAGAGAUGGGUGACCCUGUCGUGUGUACCUUAGUUUUAGUAAGGGACAUCUCUCUCGCUCUUUCUCUCUGGCCCUUUCUUUCGGGUCAGCUCUGGUAUCUGCUACAGACAGAACAUCCGGCCAUCGGUAAAUAAACCGUGUAUGUAUUGUAAAUAUAUUUAACAGAUCCCUCUGCUGUGUGUUUGGCUAACAGCGUGCUCUGUUGUCUGUAGCAGAUCCCAGCUGAAUCCAUGCUUGACAGAGAAAAACCUUGUUUGAUACAAAUUGUAUCAUUAACUAAGUCGCUGAUGUUAUACGCAGUACAUGGACUCGAUGAUCCGUAUCUAUCAAACACUCUUGAUGUAUUGCUGUAUGAUAAAGUGCAGUGACAACAGUUUUGUUCCAAUCGAGAUGUUCCAACUUUUAAUCUUGUGGAAAUAGCUUUGAGACAAUUAUUUCAAAUAUAUUUCAAACAAAAGGAGUUGGGUGCCUACUAUGUUUAGGCGUCACAGCUUCGUUACCUUUUGGGUUUAAAGCUGGCUUAUUUUUAUUUUUUAUACAGGAGCUCCAGUUAAAUUGUGCAACAAAUACUUGUUAGGUACACAUCUGAAAAUAGAAAUGGGUCGGGUUUCAGCGUGAGUUCAGGGUCAGUUCGUGCCAGGAUUUUUUUUUUUUUUUUUUUUUGUAGCCACUUCUUUAAGUCAGGAAAUAAUGUAAAAUUAUGCUUUAAAUAACAUAAACUAGACGUUUGAUCAUAAACCAAUUUAUUGUCUCUAUUAAAAGGGACCUUUUAUGUGAAUUUCCAGUACUGUAUUUUUAUUCUGGGAUUCCACUAGAUUAGCUUUGCAUGAUUUGUAAUUCUUAAAAAAUAAUGAUAAUAAUAAUAAUAAUUAAAAAAAAUCUUUAUUUAUUUCUAUUCUGCUGUAUUCUAUACAGUUCAUCCUCUGCCCAAAGCCAUUUUAGCGCUAGUCUCUUUGAGGUCCCUCCUCCCUAAAAGGCUACUUUCCUCUGAUUGGCUGGGGCAAACCUAACCCAGGAUUGACCAUAUAAGGAAAUCUGCCCGAGCUGACAUAACCUCGGCACUAAAGUUCAAACAAACAAGAAAAUGUUGAAAUCCAGGCAUUAGGAGCCGUCUGAGGCCUGGAGCUUUGGCUAACAGACAUUUAUGGUGACCUCAAUAAAAACAGACAUUUAUGGUGACCUCAAUAAAAACUUUGAACUGUGGCCAUGUUUAGUAACCGCAGUUGACUUUGUUGCAGUGUUUGUGUGUGGCAGAAUACGAGGAAAAGCAUAACGAGGUCCCCUUUAUUUCCUGAAUUGAGCGUGCAGACCCCAGCCAUGUUUUAACGUAGAUUCGUGCGAUGUCCUGUGGGGGCCAUUUUGAAUGUAGCAAACGCUCUACUGAAGCUCUGCCUGGAGUGUCCGCCAUAACAAACGGAUGUGAUUCUUAUAUAUCAACAAUUCUUCAGCUCACUAAUGAAAUAUUUGGAAAUUUAGAAAAGGUUAGCAAGCUAAGCUAAACGGCUUUCUAGUAGUUAAAUAUGGAAAAAGUACACAAUAUUAAAACUCCUUUAGCCUUGUUAGCCCGUUAGCUCAAAUAAAGGCAAUAGUUUAAGUUUAAGCCUAAACAAGUUAAAAAUUAGAGCUGCUGAGGCUAAUGCUAACACUUACACACCUGAUGUGUUCAGGAUGUUAUCUGCCUGUGUGACAGUUGGGGGGUGGGGCUGACCUACUUCUAAUAGUAGGUUGCAGCGUUAGUUCAAAUGUUCACCGACUUUCUAUUUUCUUUUAACCAUUAAUUAAUGUUGCUACAGUUCUUCAGAACACAAGUUGGUUGCUUUUGAUCGCGUGGAGGCCCUAAACUGUAAAGUUCAAAAUGGCCACCAAGGAAGUCAAAGUCUAGCACUUGAGCUCGUCGUAGAAUUCAUCACAAGCCAGCUACAUAUAGCUCACCGGUCUCUUUUCUGUCCAACACGUGCUGUUGAUAAGAGAGGACCUUUGUGUGUGUAUUGAAGAAGCGCCUUCUCUCUGGCCUCCUGGCACUGUGUGUCAGCGUGGCACCUGAGCGUGGGCCCAAAGUAAUGCCUCUUCGUGGCAUUGUGCUUAUGACACAUCCAAUAAUCUGAACUAUGUUCAGCAAACUGUUAUGCAUGUUUUGAUUUGUUUUGUUUCUGCAUGUGUUCUUGUUUAAUUUAAGUUUAUAUCCGUGUUCCCGUCCUGGAAGCGUGCUGUUAUUGUCACGUGAUGCUAGUUGUCGUUUAACUAUUGCUUUUAGGUUUAACUGUACACAAAACUGGCUUUUUAAAAAAAAAUUUGCGUGUAAAUUUUUCACUUAACUGUCCGAGUAUUGAUUUCUACAACACUGGACAUUUACUUCUUGGGAUUAAGAAGCCGUUGAUGGAUGAUGUCCCACUUUUCUCCAACUCUUUGUUUCCUUUGGGAGUACACUCAGCCAUAGAUAGUGAAAUGCUGACUUAGACUUUAAAUGUUACAAUGCCAUACAGGCCAAUAAACUCUUACUGGGUAAUAGUCUGUUAUUUCACAUUAUAAUUACAUUUUUGCCAGUAGAACAGUGUAACUAAUUCAAUAUUGUAACAUUUUCAGCUGUAACUGUGAUUGUUCAUUAA